AUGUUCAAGCUUGGUCCAUUCACAAAACAAUUAGUGAGCCAUGCAGACAGAGGCAUUCAGCAACCAUUAAAAGUCGCAUCACGUUUUCCUCGUGUUUGCUAUACAAAGCAGAUAGUACCCAAGAGAUAUUUGACAGUUUCUUCUGCAAGCAAAUCAAGUGCAAAAGCGAAUAAAAGUAGAGAUAUUCAAACGCAACCCAAAACUUUUACAUGGAAAUCAGCGGUGGUAUUAGCUAUGACAGCAGCAGGUCUUUUAGUUUACUUUAAGCAUGAAAAAGAAAGAAUGUUACUCGAGAAAGCCAAACGACAAAGAGAAAAGAUCAAGGCACUCGGCAAGCCAAACAUUGGAUGUCAGCCUUUUGAGUUAUACAACGUCAAUACAGAGAGACGUAUCACCUCGGACCAACUAUUACAGGGCUCGUUUUCGUUACUGUAUUUUGGCUUUACGCAUUGUCCCGAUAUCUGUCCUGAGGAAUUAGACAAGAUGGUCGAAGUGAUGGAGGCGAUAAAAAACGAACAGGCACACCACCAAGAACAACCCAAAAAGAAAAAGACAGCAGCCACAGCGGCUCAUCGUUUACAGGGCAUCUUUAUUACUUGUGACCCAUUACGAGACACAGCAGACGUAGUGAAAGAAUAUGUGAACGACUUUCAUCCGGAUCUCAUCGGUCUUACCGGCUCUGCAGAAGAGCUGAAGAAGGUGGCGCGUUCUUACCGUGUCUAUUCUUAUGUUCCGCCCAACGUCACAGUAAAAGACGAUUAUCUCGUUGACCACUCUAUCUUUAUCUAUCUUAUGGAUCCGCAAGGUCAGUUUGUGGAUUGUUAUUCAAGAGAUACAACAUCAGAGGAAAUCAUCGACAGUGUCAAAGACUACAUGCAAGAUUACAACAGCUUUAAUAAAGAAUAA